AUGGUUCAUUCCCACGUUGAUUGCUUUUGCUUUACUCGAAUUCUUUUGCUCUAUUCUCUCUUCGUCCUAGCUUUUGCUGAACCUCCUUAUAACUUUUGUUCAAACACUACUAUUGGCAGUCCAAUUCAAUACAAUCUCAAUAAUCUCUUCCUUUCUUUGCACUCAAAUGCUUCAGUUUCAAAUUUCUAUUAUACGUCUAUUGGAAAUGGCCCAGAUAGACUAUUUGGCCUCUACAUGUGCCUCGACUAUGUCACAAAUGUAAGCUGUCAGGAUUGCAUAACAAUGGCUUCAACUGACCUCACGAAACUUUGUCCGGAAGCAAGGGAAGCGGUUAUGUGGGAAGAAUUAUGUGAAGUUCGUUACUCAUAUAAAGAUUUCUACGGCCAGUACAUGUUAAAUGUCACAGGAAAUCUUUUUACAGAUAUAAACAAGAUGAAUAUAUCGGAACCAGAGCAAUAUAGAUCCAUUGUGAAUGACACACUAGAUGAUCUUACAAAGCAGGCAGCUUUUGGCUCUUUGGCCAACAUGUAUGCUACUGGUGAAGUUCCCUUCAUAGAUAGAACCAUCUAUGCUUUAGUGCAGUGCUCAGGAAAUUUAUCUGCAGAAGAUUGCAAUUCAUGCCUUCACAUUGCUAUUACAGAAAUUCUAACUUGCUGCUAUUCUGCUAUUGGUGCUAGAGUUAUGGGUACUAGUUGCUAUUUACGGUAUGAGGUAUAUCCUUUCUAUGGUGAUGCACUAGCACCACCAAAAAAUUUGAUAGCUGGAAGUGGUGGAAGGAAAAAAUGGAUGAUCAUAAUCCUUACAAUUGUAUCAGUAUGCCUGGCAAUAGCACUUUUAGGUUAUUGUGUCUACUGUCAUGUAAACAAUAAAAGAACUCAAAAGAGAAGAAAAGACAUGAAAGAUCAGGAAUCCCCUAAUAUUAGUUUGACAUCUAUAUGUGAAGCUACUAACAACUUCUCUGAAUCAAAUAAGCUUGGACAAGGUGGCUUUGGUUCUGUUUACAAGGGUUUAUUAAGUGAUGGAAAGGAAGUAGCUGUCAAAAGGCUUUCAAGAAGUUCUGAACAAGGUUUGAGGGAAUUCACCACUGAAGUUCAACUAAUUAUGAAACUUCAACACAAAAAUCUUGUCAGGCUUUGGGGUUUUUGUGUAAAAGGAGAUGAAAAGUUGCUUGUCUACGAGUAUAUGCCUAAUAACAGCCUUGAUGUCUUUCUCUUUGAUCCAAAGAAACGUGUGCAGCUCAAUUGGAGUAGACGUCUUAGUAUUAUUAGUGGAAUUGCACGAGGGGUUUUAUACCUUCACGAGGAUUCUCGACUUAGAGUCAUUCAUAGGGACCUUAAAGCUAGCAAUGUGUUGUUGGAUCAUGACAUGAAUCCAAAGAUCUCAGAUUUUGGAAUGGCAAGAAUAUUUGAAGGAAAUCAAAGUGAAUCCACCACAGGAAUAAUUGUUGGGACAUAUGGAUACAUUGCUCCUGAGUAUGCUAUGGAGGGAAUAUAUUCCGUAAAGUCAGAUGUUUUUAGCUAUGGAGUUCUCUUACUUGAAAUCAUAACUGGAAGAAGGAACGGCUCGAAUUGGUCAAAUCAUGGUCCAGGUCUCCUAACAUGUGCAUGGCAGUCAUGGAAUGAAGGGAAAGUGUUGGAGUUAAUGGAUCCUUUAUUGACUGAUUCAUGUGAUCCAGAAGAAUUUUUAAGACAUGUCCAUAUUGGUUUACUUUGUGUUCAAGAAGAUGCAUCUCAUAGGCCGACCAUGUCUUCUGUUGUUCUUAUGUUGAAUAGACAGACCGUGACUUUUCGCCCGCCGCAGCGACCUGCUUUCUCUGGGGGACGAUUUUCUGAUUACAAAGAAACCAAUGUCAUUUGCUCUAUCAAUGUUGUUACAAUUUCUAGUAUUUUGCCUCGCUGA